AAACAAAUCGUGAAGAAGGUGCUUCCCUGGGUCCUGGGAUUGGGAGCUGCUGGUGCUGCGGUAGUGGCAGCGCCACUGGUGAUAGCAGGCGUAGGGUUUGGUGCUGGAGGUAUUGCUGCAGGUAGUCUUGCUGCCAGCAUGAUGUCCAGUGCUGCUACAACGGGGAAUGUUUUAAUCUUCAAGUUAUAUGUCAUGCAUUUUAAUGUCGCUUCUACACUGUCAUGCGUUCUGAAUAAUGAGCUGUGUGGGUUUCCCCCCCCCCCCUCCCACCCCCUCUCGCCCUAA